AGGCGACUAGCUCUAUAACUUGGACUCUCUUGAUUCUUGCUGAACAAUCAAUCCAUUUAUUACUAAUGCCUGGGCUCAACAUUUAAUUACAACAGUAUUUCGUAGUUAUAGCAUUAACUAGAUGUUUCCAUAUAUGACAAAUCUCAUACAUUAUGAUAUGAGGUUUUUUUUUUAAAAGUCAUAUGAGGAUGGAACAUGUUGUAUUAUUAGUAUGGAGUAUUAUUUUUUUUUUCCCCUUCAUUGCCUCAAAUUAUUUAAAAAAAGAAAUUCCUAAAAAAAUAUGAUUUGAUUAAAAAAAAAUUUCAAUCCACAAACCGUAAUAAAUAUUUAUCUCUCAACCUCUGUGUACGUCACUUAAUUAAAUGCAUGCAACACCUUUUGUGUUAAGAAGGAAGGACGUAAAGGUAACUUUAUUGCCCUUAUAUAAACACCAUAGCAAUUGCCUAUCAGUACAACCAAUCUUGGUCGAUCGAGUCAUAUCUUUCUCCUCACUAACAAAACUCUUCUCCCACACCUAUCAGCCUUUCAGUCGCGAUACGAUGGCACAAGUGGCUGUCAAUGAAACCUUCAACAGCCAAAGAACAAAAGCCCUAGCUAAUAUCUUAGCCAUUGGCACCGCUAAUCCACCAAAUGUUGUGUACCAAGCUGAUUGUGCUGACCACUAUUUCCGUGUUACUAAUAGCGAACAUAUGACUAAUCUCAAGGCCAAAUACAAGCGCAUAUGUGAGAAAACAAUGAUCAACAAGCGGCACUUAAACGUAUCUGAGGAGAUCUUAAAAGAGUACCCGCAAUUGUGCGAUUACAAUGCUUCCUCGUUGGACAUUCGCCAAGCCAUACUCGCUAAGGAGGUUCCCAAACUCGGAAAAGAGGCGGCUUUGAAGGCCAUUAAAGAGUGGGGGCAACCCUUAAACAAGAUCACUCAUCUUAUCUUCUGCACUUCCACAGAAGUCAACAUGCCUGGCGCCGACUACCAGCUGACACGGCUUCUUGGCCUUAACCCUUCAGUGAAGCGUUACAUGCUUAGCCAAGUUGGUUGCCAUGCCGGUGGAGCUUCCAUUCGCUUAGCCAAAGACCUCGCAGAGAACAACUCUGGUGCUCGAGUGCUAGUCGUGUGCUCUGAGAGCGCGACCAUUUUCUUCCGAGGGCCUUCUGAGACCGACAUGGAGUUCAUGUUGGCUCAAGCCCUUUUUGCAGAUGGAGCUGCGGCUGUGAUCGUGGGUGCAAACCCUGAUGAGUCGUUGAACGAACGACCCAUCUUUGAGCUAGUCUCGACAACACAGACAAUACUGCCUAACUCAGAAGGGGCUAUCGGGGGUCACCUUAGAGAAGUUGGGCUAGAAGUUCAGUUUCUUCCGACUGUUCCGGGGCUAAUAUCAUAUCACAUUGAGAAAUCUCUUGUUCAAGCCUUUGAUCCGUUUGGGAUCAAAGACUGGAACUCGAUAUUUUGGAUCGUUCACCCUGGAGGACCUGCUAUUUUAAGCCAAAUAGAAUCUAAACUUGGGCUUAAGGAUAACAAACUAACAACUACUUGGCAUGUUUUAAGAGAGUUUGGAAACAUGUCGAGUGCAAGUGUGUUAUUCAUAAUGGAUGAGAUGCGUAAGAGGUCGCUAGAGGAAGGUAAGACAACCACCGGGGAUGGAUUGGAGUUGGGUGUCUUAUUCGGCUUUGGCCCAGGCGUUACUGUUGAGACGAUCGUCCUCCGCAGUUUCCUGCUUAAUUAGUAGGUCGUCGAUUGGUGUUAGUUGCUAAUAAGCAAGUGUCUCUUUCCUCCAAGCUAUUUGUGUUUAUAUAUGUCGUUAAAUUAUGUCUAAUUAAUUCUUGUUGCUUCACUCUGCUUAUUUCCUAUGUUGUAAUGUGCAUGUGGGCUUUAGCCUAAUUUUAUAAACAAUUCUAUUAAUGAGUAUAUGUAUCAAAAGGAACAGUACAGAGUACACUAUUGGUAGAUCUA